ACUCCCUCCGUUUCAUUAGCACGCGUCGCGCUCGCCGAUGCCUGAAGUUUCCCGGGAGCUGCAAGACAGGCCCAACCUCCGCAGCUUCCUCCAGAAGCUUGCAAGGCGGCGGAAGCGGAUUCUUUGCUCCAGCAAGCAGCGGAAAGCCAUCGAGGCGGCGCUGAGGAAGCUGGGGGGCAGGGGCCUGGCGACCACUGGGCGCAUCCAUUUGAAUGACCUCAAGGAGGUGCUACGAGAGCCUCCGAAGAAUGUGCCCGCGCAGACCUUGCAGGAUCUGGUAGAGGUGUCUGUGGCAUACGACAUCGGGGGUGGAAUGCUGGAUCUGGAUGAGCUGCUACUGCAGGCUCUGCAUACAGAGCCUAGUGUGGUGCAGCGCAUGGGCUGCCUGCUGCCGCUGCUGGUGCUUUUGGCGUGGAUGCUCAUCGGGCCAGCCGUGUUCUGCCCUGUGGAGGAGUGGGCCUUCCUGGAUGGCCUGUUCCUUUCCGUGAUGACCCUGGCCUCGGUCGGAACCAGCGGUGGGUUGUCCAACGGCGGCCAGGUGGUCCCGCUCAGCGAUGGCAGCAAAGUGUUUCAGAUCUUCUUCGUGCUCACGGGAGCUGUGCUGGUUGUCUGGUUCCUUGUGGCCGCGAUUUGGGACAUGUCCUCCUAUGGCUCUUCUUUGCAGCGCACGGACCUGCUGGCCCAUGCGGGCUUCGGCACCAAGGGGGGCUUGCCCCUGGAGGAGUUGGUGGGGGAUCCCAAGCCGAUGCCGAUUUCGGGGGAGGACCCGGAGCAGGGCUUGGAUUCGGAGCCCUUGGAGCCGAAGGGCAUCAUGCAGAUCCACCGGGAGAGCCUCCGGAACUGGUCGAAGCCCCGGGCCCGGCAGCUGGAGCUGGCCUCGUGCUGCUGCGUCGCCUUCUGGGAGACUAGUCUGCUGCUGACCUUCGGCAUCGUCUUGGUACUGGUGACUUCCAGUGGCGCCUCCUUUCUCGACGCGCUCAGCUGGACGGUGCUCACCGGUCUCACGGUGGGCUACGGCCAAAUUCAGCCGGCGCUGGGAGAUCAAGGGGGAGACUGGGCCCGAGUCUGGCAGGUGGUCUACGUCCUGUGCUCUCUUUGUUGCCUCCUCCACAUCAUCUUCCUGGUGGCGCGGCGGGGGCUGAGAAGGCAAGCCGAGCUGCUGGAGCUGCAGAGAAGGCAGCGUACACUGCCCGUAGAUUUGCUCCAGGACUUGGACAACGGCGGCGGCGUGAACCGCUUGGAGUUCCUUUGUGCGUCCCUGCUGGCUGCAGACCGGGUGUCUGCGCAGGACCUGUCCUAUGCACUGGAAGUGUUCCGCCGGCUGGAUCCACACGGCACCGGCGUGAUAAAGACCCCGCAGCUGGAAUCCCUGCAGCGGCCCAAAGAGCCUAGGACUUUGCCGGAGAUCUUGCAGUGCCCCCACUUCAAGUCCCAGCUUGAGGUCGUGGAGUUUCCCAUGCGCAAGUCUAUGGAUGAUGAAAGGGCGGCGGCUGUACUGCGAGAGAUCUACCAGGACUAUGAUGCUGUUCGACGAAGUCUUGACGCCAAGGAUGCAGAAUUGCUUGCUGCCCUCAAAGAGCACAGUGCCAGUGAGCAGGCGAGGGCGCAGGCAGUAGCGCAGCGAGAGGCUCUGCGCAAAGAGGUGAUGCUGCUGUCGCAGAUGAAGACGGAUCUGGUUCAGAGAGCUGAGACGGAGAAGCAGCAGCGAAAGGUGGACGAAAAUGCUAUCAGUGCGCUGAAGAACAGGUGCACAUCGCUGGAGGACAAGCUGCAAGAGGCAGAACUUGAAAGCGAGCAGGUGCGCAGGCACCUGAGGAUUAAGGGCAAAGAAGCCGCCGAGGCGCAGCAGCGCAGUCAGGAACUUGAAGGUCGGCUGAAGGAGGCCGACUAUGAGAUUCAAGGCUUCGGACGCAGACUGAAGGAGCAAGCUGAGUACUGGAAGCAAGAAGCCGAAGCACAGGUGCAUCAGGCGCGCUUAGAAGCUGCGGAGCAGGAUAUGGAGAGACAGGGAGAAAUGCAAGCCGCCCAGCUGGAACUGAAGGCUCUCGCGUCUUCCAUGGAAGCGAUGCGAGGGCAGCUGCGGGACUCGUUUCAUUCUUCAGCCACCCAUGAGCCAGCGCGGCGAGUGCCCUUGCAGCCCUGGGACGUCUGGGAGAAGGCUAUGGCCUGGCACCACGACCCCGCCACGCGUCACACGCGAGCGCGCUCCCGGGAGGUGCCCACUACUGAGCUUCUCGACUCCCAGGUCAGGCAGCAAGUUGAAUUCCUCGACGCGCAGGUGAGGCAGCAAGCUCAGGCCUGGAUAGCCAAGGCUCGACGUCUUCGCAGUCGCGACCCUAGAGGACGUUGCUUCAGGCUGGCUCAAGGGCCGCAACGGAACCACUGACGCUUGACCGCCCGUGACCUCAAACCUUUAGCUUUCAAGCUGAAAGCUAGCAAAGAACUGCCAGCUGAAUUUGAAUGUGUAGGAAAUUGUAGGAAUGAAGUGAGAUCUGAAUGUGUCAAAACGAUC